UUGGUUGCAAACAAAAUGGAGAAAGACGACGCUAAGACGGAUCUAGAUGAAGCUGUAAACGAAUUUCUUACUUACGAUGAGUAUUUAGACUCAAAGAUAACGCCGUCAGAUCUUUAUUACCUCGAGGAUGAGAAGUUGGCUCGCCAGGUGGUGGAGCUGGGCCUCAGGGGCACUGGCGAGGUCUGGAAGAGAGAGGAAUUCGAGAGCAGGAAAGCAGCUGCUCAGCCCUCCAGGCUCUCCAAAAGGAGCGAGCAGAAUUGCCAUAACAUUAGAGGAAAAGGUCCACGUGGAAGAAGGUUGAAUGUAAAAUACAGCUUAAACAUCUGCUUGAGGACCCUGGCAAGUACAGGAAAAGAACUCAAAGACAACUUCCUGAGAGCCCUGGCCGAGCGUGAAGAGGCCAACCGCAGUGGGAAAAAUCAUUCCAUAAUUUUCAUAAGGGACCGCAGUGCUUGUGGACAGGAAAUAUCUGGGUAUAUAGACUAUGCCCACAGACUCAAAUGUGAAGACUUUGAACCAUAUUUCAGUGGGAAAAAAAGACUUUUGCCACAACCAACUGACUUAAGUUUCUACAACUGGAAAACAAAUGAAGUAGCCUCAAGUGAAAGUGUAAACUACCAGGUGAUUGCUGACCACCCAACAACUGGUGUACUCUUCAUGAAUAAGAAGGACCGAAAUAUCGUGAAUGUUGACCCACAGGCAUCACCUUGUGAACAAUCACCCAGAAUGACCCUUAAGUCUGACAUCUAUCUUCACGUUGCCAUCUUUGACCAUUAUAUCAAGUGCACAAUCUGACAGACUGUAAUUAAAGCACCGGCAGCUUUAAUAUUAAUAUUGUAUAGUGUGUUGUGUGUACUGCUGAUGCUGCUUACUCCAUGUUUCCAAAAAUCCAUGCUGUGGAUGUAUGGAGAAACAUUUGGUCUUCAAGUAUUUAGUAAUUAUAGUGUUUGUUUCUUUUUUCUGUUUCAACUUUUUUUUUUUUUUUUUUACUUUAGCCCAACUUUAGCUUGUUACAGUUCCUGAUAAAGUGCAGAUGGAGCUACCAAGUUGAUUCUAAGCAAAUGUGUAGCAAUAAACAAUUCUGCAGAUUCUUGGCUCUCAGGUGUUCUCUGCACACAGCCUUGUUGAUGCUUUUAUCUGAAAUACUGUCUAAUACUUAAUAUUACUUUCUUAAAUGGCACUGAAUUCUCUGUAAUAUUUUCAUGUUUUUUGGGAACUACUUUUUCUUAAUUAAUAAAUUGUUCAUUUUGCACA